CACGGCCAACUGUCAAUUGAUGAAAAAACAAUCAUGAUUGGACAACGAUUUCAGUAGACUACACCGGAUCAACCUUGCAGCAGAAGAGUGCCAGGAAGGCGAAGUAACAAAGAUCAAUGACCCACUGCCUGCCACUACAGAGUGAAGGAACACAUCAGGAUGGCAGUCAAAGAUACCAACUCAGAAAAGGGCAAGCAAACCCACGAGGUGAAGUUUCAGGCCACAGGUUCAACCACAGAGAUUACAGUGAGUACGCUUCACGGACCGGGAUAUGUUGAGAACAGGAUUAGCAUCACAUUUUCCUCUGCAAGGGGAACACCAAAAUGCACCCCCGUGGGAGGUCCAGAGUGCAACAGUGGCCAUUUGGAGAAUGCCAGGAAGAGGAAGGCAUGGCAAAUAUCUGAAGAGCCUACAUGUAGCUCCAUGCAGCACUCUGAAUACAGUCAAAAGCCAAAUGAAAAGUGUCAUGGUUCUAUGCACACUUACAAAUCAGAGGAUUCCCCAUCUUGCCACAAGGCCCCCUCUGCCACUGCCAACCCUCUCUGUGGCAAUAAGAAACCUCGGACAGGAGCACAAGCUAAAAAUAUUUCAAGUGGGCAAAAGAGAGAGCAGGGCAAGCAGACAAAAAGGCAGCCGAGAGUUACAAAGACUAAGACUACCCCUGUCAACACCAUCAAUGAAGACUCCCCUGGCGUCAGCAAUAAGGAUAACCCAACUCCAGCAGAGGAGCAAGUUACACCAGUAAAGAAACUCUCCACUGAGACAUGCACUCACUUCCACUGCACAAUUGAUCAUUCCAGCAAUGUCGGAGGGCUGACAUGGUUCCUGAAACUCUUCUUUCAUUAAACCUUCUACUUACAGCUCAUGUAAUAAACAAGGCAGCAACACUC